UCCCAACCACUACCCUCACAACCACCACCAAUCAGCCUACAACCACCACUCUGCCGAUCAACUGACCAACCGACAACCUCCACCCUCCCAACCACCACCAACCAACUGACAACCACUAAUCUCCCAACCACUACCCUCACAACCACCACCAAUCAGCCUACAACCACUACCCUGCCGAUCACCACUGACCAACCGACAACCACCACCCUCCCAACCACUACCAAUCAACCUACAACCACUACCCUCACAACUACCACCAAUCAACCUACAACCACUACCCUCCCAACCACCCUACAAACCACUCCAAUUCAAACUACAAUGACCACUACUUUCCCAACCACAACAGCUCAACCAGCCAUGCAUACUACUCUUCUGAUCCAUCAAAUCACCACCACCACCACUGCACAAUUGAAAACUGCUCUUCCAGAAACACGACCAAUGACCACCAUCACCACUGUCUCGGCAAGAAAGUUGAAUCCAUCUGUAACUCAGCAACCCACUCAAUCCAGAAACUCAGCUGCUAAAACUCCAUUCUUUCAAAUUAAAACCGCAGUGUCAAACAAUGGAGAUACUAAUAAAAAGGAUGAUGAAGAAAAAGACCCCAGGCAAAAUUUGGGAGAUCAGAAUGAAUCAGCAGGAAAAUUUGGAGAUUUACAAAUGGAAAUUAAAGGUGGACUGAUUACAGCUUUAUUGUUUGGAUUGUUAUUUCUAACAAUCGUGAUUAUAGUAUUAAGUAAACAGGUAAUAGAAUCCUACAGAAGAAGGCACUAUACUAAAAUGGAUUUCGUAAUGAAUGGGAUAUAUGUAGAUGCAUGAACUAAAGUAUUCGGGGAUAAAAAAAAGACUUGCAUUAUGAAUAUCAUGGAUUUGGAGGAAAUCCCAAAACAACAAAAGUAUCUACAAAAUUGAUAAUGGUUAACUUUUAUAUUUGUUGAAUGUGAAAAAUAACAUGUACAUAAUUUGAAAGAACAUAGCUAGUGUGUUUUCUUUUUUAACUCCACUCCCAUGAGAAUUUAUUUUUUAUUAAUAUCUGAUGGCUUUUUUAUUGGAAUGUGAAUGAAAAUGAUGAAACACUUGUAAAUCAUUUGUUGGGAAAUCUCAGUUAUUUUGCUAGAAAUUCCAGAUGCUGAUUUAUUAAGUGUGGAAUUAAUCUUUGCAUUGGUGCGUCGAAUUUGAAGACAUUGAUUGGAGAGGAAGUGCAAAAUUAUGGUGAGAAAGAUUUAGAAAAGUUUGAGGUGAUGACACACUUGUUUAAUGCUGGUUUUGUUCCAGGCCUGUUGGUUGGAUUUGUGUGACAAUAUAUAAAGAGAGCAACACACACAAAAUGCUGGAGGAACUUGGCAAAA